CGCCCUUGGUCCUGAAUAUUUAAAAAAGAAGGUACGGCUGGAGGCGUGCUAGGGAGUAGAGAUCGUCUGAUAAGGGGACGCUCUGACGGAGACACGCAUAGUAAUACGCAGAUGGAGGCUCAAAAGACACGCGUUUCGCGUCCUGAAAUUCCGCUUCGAGGGCCAAGCUUUCUUUUCUGAUAUUGUUUGUCCCUCGCGAGGCACCGUUGGGUCGCGCAGGAGGCGUGACUAGAGGCGGGAAGUGGGGCGGGAGCAGGGGCGCGGAGCCUGGGCUGCGGCUGUCAUGGACGCCUGGGUCCGCUUCAGUGCACAGAGCCAAGCCCGGGAGCGGCUGUGUAGGGCCGCCCAGUAUGCUUGCUCUCUUCUUGGCCAUGCGCUGCAGAGGCAUGGAGCCAGUCCUGAGUUACAGAAACAGAUUCGACAACUGGAGAGCCACCUGAGCCUUGGAAGAAAGCUUCUACGCCUGGGUAACUCAGCAGAUGCCCUUGAGUCAGCCAAAAGAGCUGUUCACCUAUCAGAUGUUGUCCUGAGAUUCUGCAUCACUGUUAGUCACCUCAACCGAGCCUUGUACUUCGCCUGUGACAAUGUCCUGUGGGCUGGAAAGUCUGGACUGGUUCCCCGUGUGGAUCAGGAGAAGUGGGCCCAGCGUUCUUUCAGGUACUAUUUGUUUUCCCUCAUCAUGAAUUUGAGCCGUGAUGCUUAUGAGAUUCGCCUACUGAUGGAGCAAGAGUCUUUAGCUUGUAGCCGGCGACUGAAAGGUUCCGGAGGAGGAGUCCCAGGAGGAAGUGAAACUGGGGGACUUGGGGGACCAGGGACUCCGGGAGGAGGUCUGCCCCAACUGGCUCUGAAACUUCGGCUGCAAGUCCUGCUCCUGGCUCAAGUCCUUAGAGGUCAUCCCCCACUUCUGCUAGACGUGGUCAGAAAUGCCUGUGAUCUCUUCAUUCCUCUGGACAAACUAGGCCUCUGGCGCUGUGGCCCUGGGAUUGUGGGGCUUUGUGGCCUUGUGUCCUCCAUCCUGUCUAUUCUCACCCUAAUCUAUCCCUGGCUACGACUCAAGCCCUGACCUUCCGAUACAGGAUAAGGAGGGGACCUGAAUUGGUGAGAUGGAAUCUUAGAUCGUCCCCCAUGUACCAGCCUCAUUCGAAUUCUACUCUUUGGUUAAAGUUAGAAAUUCAGAGAUUUAGGGGUGGAGGAAGAGCUUUGGGGAAGAUGAGGUAAGGAAAGGUGACUCUUGAAGUUAAUAGGAUGUCUCUAAUUUCUAGAUGUGCCUGAGCUGUUCUUUUCCUCUUUCUUUGUCUGUGUCUGUCUUGAAUGUACUUUGUGUCUCUUAACUCUGUUUAAGGUUCUGUGUCUAUGCAUCUCUCUCUGUUUCUUUUUUUAACCUUCUCAUUCUCCUAUCCAGGGAUUUAAUCAGCAGAAUUACUUUUUGGUAGGGGAGGUAUAAGGUUUGGCCUGUAAGGUUCUAACUGCCUUCUUUUUUCUCCCAGAAGUGGCUUAUGGCAGAUUUUUCCUCCUUCAAACUCCAAACAUAAUUUUUAAGACUAUGUGCCAGUGGACUCUUCCCUCAUAUCUCUGCACCACAAGUUGUUGGAUGUUUCCUCUUCCUCAUGUCUACCUCACCAACCUCGCUCAUGAUUUGGCCCUUAUCCUUCCUUGUACACAUACCUUCAGAUUUCUGCUUACACUUUGAUUUCAGAGCUUUAUUCCCUAGUCUGUUCUUACCCCCUUUGUCACUUAUUCAGAAUGAUGCUGUGUGUAGCAUCUUGCUGCAAAUCCUGUACAAUGAUUUUGUGUAAAUAGCUGUGGCCUAUGCCAAUAAUGAAGAGCAAGCCUUUCAGGUAAGCAAAUUAAAGUUCAGUUUGCUCAUCAA